CCUAUGCUAUCAACUCUUGACAGACCGCGAAGUGGACAUUCCAAAUGACUCUGCGAUGACCCUGCGCAUAUUGGUUGACUUCACAUCGGCAGUGGGAAACAAUUUUGAACUCAGGAGGCCGUUCGUCACGAUGUUGGGCCAGAUGGGAAGUACGGGCAACAGCUGCGAAGUGGAGUAUCAGGAUGUGGUGUGUGUAUUUGUCGGAUCCGCUGUGCCGUAUCUUCUGCGACCCAUGGAACCUUUUGAUCGAUCGAGGGGCGGACCGUACUCGUUCAUAGGUUGUUGCUGGGUACCGGGAUUCAUCGAUAUUGAUAUUGCUGAGGGAGAAAGGAGGGGACCAUUUGAGCUUCAGGAUAUUACGCUAAUUUGAUCCGGCGGCGGUUUCUUCUCCCUGAUCAACAUACUUUUCGACGACGCUCAUCUUUCCUCCCAUGAUAAUGCAGUUCUGGGUUUCCAGCAUAUAGAUAUAGUUUGCAAGAUUUAUUUAGGCCUUUAAAAUGGGUG